AUGUCGAAGAACCUAGCAUCACGACGAACAAUUCUUUCGGAGCCCCAAGAUUGGGAUCAAUGGAUAAAAGAGCUUCGAUCUCAUACGGACUUUUCGAUUCACCAUCUUCUCUUUGAAGAUAACGCGCAGCCAUUCACCCUUCCUCGAGAACCCCAAUACGCUGAUUUCUCGCCUACCGCAGCCGACGCAGCUACCUCCCAACCUUCCGCUAACAUUCGUUCGGCCACAGCUACUUCGCAGCAAAAGGCGUAUGGAAAUGCGGCUAAUGACUACGAGACUCGACGAAAGCGAUAUCUCUACGAGAUAAAGCUUAUUACAGCAGCUAGAUCAGCUAUUACGGACUCAGUCAGCAAGGCAAAGCUGACCUCUUUGAGGGAAGGUGACUCCCUUCGUCAGUGGCUAAUCAAACUAGAGACUUCGACGGCCCCUACUCCCGGCUUUAUGACUGAACGGAUCAGGAGGCAAUACCACAGUCAUAUUCAAAGCUACGGGCCAAGAACGAGCCUUUCGGACUGGCUAACAGAAUGGGAAGAGAUUAUGGAGGAUGCAGACCUCUAUUUUCUUACUGAAGCCCUUACAGGCCAGUGGUUGCGUGACCUUGCUAAUGUGAUUAGGCACCUAAGUGACGGCUAUGCAACAGUCUUUCAGGAAGAGAGCCGAAAGCUUGACGAAGAAGCUGCUAUUGCGCAAUUUAACCACUAUAAGGCCCUUCGACCUUAUACGACAAGGACCGCACCAGCACCUUCCCUAGCAGCGGCUUCUUCAACACAGUGGACCUACCAACUUGCAGCUAGGAAAACGACGAUUCUUCUUCCAACGAGGCACCUAAGGAAAAACGAGCCAAAAGAGACGCAUCCCCGGCCACCCCUCGAGGAAGAAGAACGCCCUCACCAGCGCACCGAAGAGAACCCUUACCAGCUUAUCGACAAAGAGACCGUUGCCCAGCGUGCGACCUUUCUACACACUCACUGUCAGGCUGUUGGCAGGUAUUUGAUGAAUUACGACCUUCUCGAUUCGAAAGGAACGACCGACUUUGCGAGAGGGCAAAAAAGAGCGUUACGAGACGACCCCAAAUUGCAACAAAGGGUCGAUAAGAUUCGCAAAGAACAGGCAUAG